AUGCUCGACCCCAAAGCAGCGAUAUUUGACGCCCGUGCCUGGACCAGAGAAUUCAUCAACUUCUCCGAGGGGGACCCUAAAUGCGCGCCCAACCGAGCCCUUGGUGUGGCUUUUCAAAAUCCAAACGUCCAUGGCUGGAAUACAGGGACUCAGGUCCAGCAGUCAGUCUCAAGUGUUGUGGUGGAGGUAGUCAAGAACCUGUGCGGUUCGUUACAACCGCCGAAGCAACACCCCGAAACGAAUUCUGAGGGCUUUGAAGGGGUGGUGGAAGGGGGAGAGAUGCUUCUUGUGUUGGGACCACCGGGAGCUGGCUGUUCGACUUUGCUCAAGACGCUCGCAUCUCAAACCGCAGACUUGGAGAUCGAUCCAGAGUCUUACCUGAAUUAUAGAGGGAUUCACCCGAAACACAUUCGCGGCUCCCUUCGGGGUGAUGUUCUUUACAAUGCUGAGCUUGACGUCCACCUAGCUCAUCUUACCGUCGGCGAAACGCUGUCCUUCGCCAGCUUGGCCCGCAGUGUUCGUCACGUACCUGGGGGUUUCACACGUCAGGAGCUCGCUCUAAUCAGGCGCGAUGUCAUGAUGGCCAUCUUUGGGCUGACACAUACCGUAAACACACGAGUCGGCGACGAGGAUGUUAAAGGGUGCUGGGACAACUCAACCCGCGGGCUUGACAGUGCCAAUGCCAUCAACUUCUGUCGGAAUUUGCGCCUCCAAGCUGACCUUUGCGAUGUUGCAUCUGUGGUGUCGCUGUACCAAGCUCCCCAGUCCGCAUACGAUUUGUUUGAUCGUGUCACGGUUAUAUACGAGGGAAGACAGAUCUUUUUCAGCCCGGCUCAGGACGCAAAGAGAUAUUUUGAGGACUUGGGCUUUCAGUGCCCCGACAGACAAACAGUCCCUGACUUUUUGACAUCAAUGACAAGCCCUCACGAACGACGCCCCAAACCAGGCUACGAGAACUUGGAGUUAAUGGUGUACGAAGAGAAGCACCCACAGCAAAUACGGCUCACCGACUAUCGCGGAUCCAGACGACAGGAGCAGGCCAAAGGACAGCGCACGAACUCACCGUAUAUCAUUUCAUACUCGCAACAGGUUGCUUUGGCGUAUUGGCGUGCCUGGAGAAGACUGUUGGCCGACCCUGCCUUCACGAUUACGUCGCUGGUCUUCUUCUUGAUCAUAGCCAUAGUCCUGGGAACCAUGUUUUACAACCUCAAAGAAGACUCCUCUAGCUUCUAUUACCGGGGCGGUAUCAUCUUCUUUUCAUUGAUGUUCAACGCCUUCGCUAGCCAGCUUGAGGUCAUCACCAUCUACGCCGAACGCCCCGUUGUCGAGAAGCAUAAUCGCUACGCGUUUUACCAUCAAUCGGCACAAGCUUUUGCCAGCUAUCUUUGCGGUCUCCCUUACAAGAUUAUCAACAUGUUCGUGUUCAACAUAAUGGUUUACUUUACGGCUCAUCUUAGACGGGAGGUCAGCGCCUUCUUCCUCUUUUGUCUCAUUACCCUCCUAUCGACGCUUACUCUGUCGGCCAUGUUUCGCACUUUGGCCAGCAUAACCCGCUCCCUUGAGGAGGCCAUGAUACCGAGCGCCCUUCUCGGUAUUGGAUUGAUUAUUUACACGGGCUUUACCUUGCCCACUGCAUACAUGCCAAACUGGUCACGAUGGAUGGCUACGAAGGUCUGCCGCCUCACUCGCAGUUUUGCUCUGUUGUUGGUGCGGAGCCGGGGUCUUCUCAUGUCCGCGGUGACUAAGUACAUUAACCUGUCGUUUAAUUACUGGAAUGAGCACAAAUGGAGAAACGUGGCGAUUAUCGUGGGGUUCAUGAUCCUUUUCUUUGCCGUCUAUCUCGCCACCGCCGAGUUUGCACGACCGCCGAAAACCAGAGGGAAGGUACUUGUUUUCGGGAGGGCUGGAGCUGUUUCUCGCCCACGGCAUUCAGUCGACUCGGAUACCGAGGCUUUGGCCCAGGAACAACAUGUGGUAACGGUAGAAAAGGGAACCUUGGCACCUGGCUCUACUGGCCUCACAAGAGGGAGGUCAAUCUUCCAUUGGGAAGAUCUUUGUUACGACAUCAAAAUCAAGGGCGAGGAGCACCGGCUGCUUGACCACGUUGAUGUUGGGUCAAGCCCGGAGUGUCUACAAUUCUCAUGGCCUCCUCCAUCCACGGAAAGAGGUAGAUGUACUAACAAGAGGUCCACUGUAGGGGUUUUCAGGGGCUGGAAAGACCACAUUACUGAUACACUCGCCGUCCGUGUUUCAGUUGGUGUCGUGACAGGCGACACACUUAUCGAUGGGGUCCCGACCGAUGCCACAUUUCAACAUCAGGUUGGCUACGCACAACAGCAGGACUUACACCUGAGUACGAUGACAAUACGAGAGGCGCUAGAAUUCAGCGCUAUUCUUCGACAACCGGCUGAGACAUCGCGAAAGGAAAAGCUGCUCUACGUUGAUCAUGUAAUAGAUAUGCUAGAGAUGCAAGACUUCGCGGAUGCCAUCAUCGGUGUGCCUGGCGAAGGUCUCAACAUCGAGCAAAGAAAACUUCUUACAAUCGGGGUGGAACUGGCAGCCCGGCCGCAGCUGCUGAUAUUCUUCGACGAGCCCACAUCGGGGCUUGAUUCACAAAGCUCUUGGGUGAUCUCCACGCUAAUCAAAAAGCUCGCCAACAACGGGCAAGCUGUGCUCUGCACCAUCCACCAACCUUCUGCUAUCUUGUUCAACCAGUUUGACCGUCUCCUGUUGUUUGCCCCUGGUGGGAGAACGGUGUACUUCGGCGGUAGGUUACACUGCCCUUCCCUUUGA